AAACCACUUCGAUUGACGUCAACAUCCGGUUUAGAAAAAAUGUAAAAUUUUCAGUAUUCGAGUAUAAAUGCUGUCACUUACUUGCAGAAUCCAUGCUUAAAAUAGUAUGUCUUGUCAACUGAACGUACAAACCAGUUUUCGAGAUAUUGAAGGUGUUAGAAAGUUUCUAUUUCUAAAGAGUUCUUUUGAAGAAGAUGAUGCAGACUGGAAAAAUGAUGACUGGGAGUGGAAGGAUGAUGUUACAGAGAAUGAUGGCAAUAAAGAGAAUGAUGUGAAAGGUUUAGGUGAAACAUGGCUACAAGAGUGCGUCAUCGCUCUCUCACCCACAAAUGAUGUCAUAGCUGUAGCUUACGAGGAUCGAAUCGUCAUCUUAGAACAGAAAUAUGAUCCAAGUGAAAACAGUGGAGAGCUGGAAACCAAGUUUAACACAGUGUGGCAAGGAUCUCUGGCGCAGGAAAAUGGGGAAGAAAUCACAGCAUUAGCAUGUAUACCAUUAGCUUCACAGAAAAAAAGUACUCAAGGAGGACCAGACUGGACAUGUUUGGUGGCUGGUUUCACAUCAGGAUACAUUCGCAUAUAUACAGAGAACGGGACUCUGCUAUUAUCUCAGCUCUUUCAUGAGGAAGUAGUUUCUCAAAUUAAGUGCCGCACGUACCAACUCCCACAUUUUCCUGGUCUACCAGAACAGCCAGAAGAUCUGAGUAUUCUGUACUCAAAAGCACUGGUGACCAUUGAUGGCUUCAGUCUAUACCAGUCUCUCAGAGUCUGCAGGAACCAGGUUGCUAGAGCAACUGCCAGUGGAAGUGAUGUAAUACAGCCUCCACCCCUGGCUUAUAAGAAGUGGGGAUUGCAGGGUCAGGAGUUCAUCAAAGAUCACAUAAGCUGUGGUGUUGUGACCCCAAAUCCAUUUGAUCAGAUGCAAACAGCAAGCAUGCUUGGAGGUUAUAAAGCUAAGGUGAAAGCCACUCCCCCUGCAUCAAAUCUUUACCUCACUGCAGGUUCUGGUCCAUACACAGGCUUCUAUUAUGCCAUAGAGGGCAGCGGCCAACCUAUCCUAACAGAUGUUGCCCUCGCUGUGGCCAGUAAGUUGAAGUCUGCCUUGUUUAAUGCUGCCAGUGGUUGGUUGGGUUUUGGAGGGAGUGCUAAGAAGGCUGCAGAGCAAAAGGAUAAAAAGCCAAAAAUUGAACCAGCUACUGCUUUAGGAAUUAGAUUUGGUAUUCCGGAUAGACGAAGAAUUGGUGAAAGUAUUGUUCUCUCUCCCACCAAUACGCUGGCAGCAACUACAGACAGUUUUGGCCGUGUCCUUCUCAUUGAUGUAGCUAAAGGCAUUACCGUGCGUAUGUGGAAAGGCUACAGAGAUGCCCAGUUGGGGUUUGUUGAUGUGAAAGAAGAUGGGAGGGGGUCAAAGCAGAGUGCUGACAGGGCUGCCCUAUUCUUAAUCAUCUAUGCACCCAGGAGGGGAAUUCUCGAGGUAUGGGCAACACAACAGGGAGCAAGGGUUGCAGCAUUCAAUGUACACAAAGGCUGUCAGUUAGUUUGUCUUAGCCAUGGGAUGAUGGGACUCAACAGUGGUACUGCAAAGUCAGUGAAAACUCCUAAUUUGCAAUGCUGCCUCAUAGAACCAGAUGGGAACAUUAGAGCGAUAGAGAUACCAUUCCAUCUUGCCUUGAGUGACAAAAACAGUAGGAGAGCUAGAGAUAUGCAUUUGUUAAAGACAAUGAAGACACAUCUGAAAGAAAACCACCAACAAACAGAUGGAUUAUGUGCAGAUAUUAGUAGUGCAAUGACAGACAUAAAACAGGCUGGUGUCAAGCAACAAGCCAUUGAAAGAAUCCUGUCAACCAGAUACCUCAGUGCCAAAUACAUGCAAUCUGUUCUCAAUGAGCUUAUAGCUCAGUUUGAACCACAGGAUCCCCUUAGUGCACCAUCAGCAGAGGGCGAAGAAACAGAAUCUUUAGAUAUUGAAAGCAGAAUGCUGUUGCAAUAUUGUAAACUCCAGGAACAAUUGUUACAGACUUAUAUAGCAAUAGAUACACUGAAUACAGAGUGUGCCAGUACACCUAGACCCAAAGUCAAUGAACAGAUUUUUUCUCAAGACAUGUGUAUUUCUGAAUCUGAGGUCACAUACCUUAUCAAAAAGUUUGAUAAAUACAACAUAAUCAGUGACCAGCCAGAGAGGAAAGUACAGUUUUCAGAGACCACUGAAUUGAGUGCUGCGGAUUUUCUUGGUUGUUUUUCCUGUCAAUUACAUAUUAGUGCGCAGGAGGAUAUUACUACAGCAAGGAAUGUUAACCUCAAGAAAUCCUUAUCUGAAGAAAAACGUCUGAAGCUAGCAACGUUUAUAUUUCGAUCAAGUAUACAAGGCAGUGCAGCAACUGAACUAGGUGUUCUCCUUCAAUUCUGUGAGAUACCUGAAGACCAACUGAUGGACCUAGUGUUAGAGCUUUGGCUAUCAGAAGAUGCAGUUGAUUGGACUACUUUGCCAAACCUAUACAAUCUCAUGCACAGUAUCACACAACUAAAAGAUAUCAGUGAUAUCAACGUGGACCACAACAAGCAGUCGCCCUGGUGGCAGAAUGUCAGAGAUAAAUGUUGUGCUUCGUUCAACCCAUCAGCCGCACUAGGAGCUGUCAUUACAGGCAGGUCUGUAGCCACUAGCUUGCAAGCCUCACAACUGCUGCCAGAAAACCAGAAUGAAGAAAAGCAAGAGAGUAGCAUGGAUGUAUUGGAAGCUGAUUGGGAGAGUCUUACCAUGGACAUGACACAUUGGAAUAUACUAGUGAAACAGCUAGAAGAUGUUCUGGCAAUCAGCGCAUUAUUAAAGCUGCAGCCCAAAGGAGAGCCUAAGACAAAGGGAGAGAGGAUCAGUGUGUCUGUAAACAAGCUGCUUGAGGGUGGGAGAGGUGUAAUGGCAGAAGUAGUCGCCAAAUGGAUUGCUCAAAAGGGAAUUCUACCCAUCAUGCUUUGCCAGAAAUCCCAUAAUGCAUCUGAGGAGGAGAUGGAAACAGAUGAACAUGAUGAAGAAUCAGAGUUUUUAGGUAAAGAAGGUGGUAUUAAUAAUAUUAUUCACCAUUGA